AUGUCACUGCGAAACCUGUUUGGUGCUAUAGAAGGCACGCCGAUUGCCAGCGGUGUCCGCUCCGCCGUUGAACGCCUUCUGGGGCCGCUGAACCAGGGCGGGGAGGCUGCCAGCGCCUCCACCACCACGGACCCUGGCAGUGCGGGGCGGGAGUUCAGCAAGAACACGGUGUUCCUCAACCUCUACGAUAUCACGGAGGUGAAUGAUGUACUGUACCACGCCGGACUCGGCGUCCACCACACCGGCGUGGAGGUGUACGGCAUGGAGUUCGCCUUUGGCCGCUGCCCUGCGGGCACGGGGGUAUUCCAGGUAGUCCCCAAGCUUACGCCGCCGCACAUCUUUCGUGAGCAGCUCGUCCUUGGCGAGACACGGAUGACGCAGGAGGAGGUGCUCAGUGUGGUGAAGGAGUUUAAGGAUAACGAGAGUCAGUGGUCCGGCCGCGCGUACCACCUGGUGAGGAACAAUUGUAACCACUUCUCGGAGGCCUUCGCUGGUCGACUGCUGCCUCCCGAGGUGCGAGCAGAACAACAUCAGCAACGGGGAAUGGAGGUCUACGACGAUGGCAGGCGGGAGGAAGUCACGCUGCCGAAUGGACAGGUGUUGCCCCUUCCGUCGUUGAUGCCUCGAUGGAUCAACCGCCUGGCGCGCAAUGCGGCUCGCUUUAUGCCUACGGAAAUGGUGGAGCGAAUGGACGCGCUGGAUCGCGCGGCACAGAGGAUGAUCUCUGAAGUGUGA